CCGCAACUGCCCAAGCAAUCCGGUGAUUCGGGCUUUCACUUCACUCACUCACAUACAGUAUAUAUGACGUUCAUCAGAUGUGAGGUAGUUUCCGCCAUAGCCCCACCUUUCCAUUACCUAUGUUUCUCACCUCAUUUCGUCUCUGUACCUGAUCCAUCAACUCUUCAACUUUCUCAACCCACUGCAAAAGAUAAAGAGCGCACUAGAGUGACGCAAAAAUUCUAUUUUCUGUAA